AUGUCCCGCCGGCCCAACGUCGACAUGGCCACCAAGCGUAUCAAGAAGGAGAUUGCAGACCUCGCGAAAGAAGACCUAGGCAACAUAUCUCUCACACCAGACGAGGCCAACAUACUGCAUUGGAAGGCGAUCCUGCCGGGGCCUGCGGGGAGCCCAUAUGAAGGGGGCAUGUUUGACAUUGAUAUCAAGGUGCCGCACGACUAUCCAUUUUCACCACCAUCUUUGUUGUUCAUGACAAAGGUGUAUCAUUGCAAUGUAUCGAGUAACGGCAAUAUAUGUGAGUCGACACGAUCCCUUUUGAAAACAGCAUGGUCUCCAGCCCUUUCCCUGUACAAAGUCAUCCUCUCUCUCUCAUCCCUUCUCACCGACCCCAACCCCGCCGACCCGCUCGUACCACCGAUUGCGAAAGAGUACAAGUCGAAUAGAAAGAAACACGACGAGACUGCUCGUGAAUGGGUCCGCAAAUUUGCGCAACCGAAACAAGCACCUAAAGUAGCUCCCAAACCACCUAUACAAUCACGCGCCUCGACAGCAUCCAUCCCCCGCCGAGCCAUCUCCCGCCCAAUACCCUCAUCUGAAUCCCCCGCGCCUCCAGCCCAGAUUGCUGGUACCAGGCGAGGCCCGCCGAUCGAACUGGGAGAUUCAGAGGAUGAGGGAGAUAUCGAGGUGGUGCAAGGGAGCUCGAGAGUGAAUGGACAUGCCGGAAGUGGAGGUGGACAAGGGGGAGGUACCGGGAGUCAGGGGAGGGGGGUGAAAAGGGCCAAGACGAGUGGGGGAGGUAACGCGGGUGAUGCCAUCGUCAUUGACGAGUAG